AUGGUUGAUUAUAGGAAAUUGAUUCCUUCGGGUCCACACCAACUCACUCCUGAGAUGCAGAGUGCUUUGGAGGCUGCUGACAAACCUGCCAAGAGGGGGAAGAAAUUGGAGUCUAAGAAAGCUGAGACUGAAGGUCCCUCAUCUCCUAAAAAGCGUAAGGCUGAUAAAGCUGCACCUCCGGCUCCUAAAAAGAAAAAUGGCAAAAAGAUGGCAAAGCGACCGAAGGUACCGACGUCUUCUUCUUCCAAUGAAGAGGGACAAUCAGCUGAUGAAGAAGAGGAAGUUCAACACGAAGGCUCACCAAGGGGAAACACUCCUCCCCGAUCUUCAACUCCUGAGGUACAGAUUCAUGUUCCUACUCCUCCUCCUUCUCCAAAACAAACCACUAUACCAAUCUUUGUUGCUCCCAUUCCACCACCUGUCACUUCUCAACCUACUACUACUGUUCCACUACCACCACCCAUCUUUUCUUCAGCUACAACAACCACAACAACUGGUCCUUCGGUGAGUGUCAACGUAUCUGAUACGGGGGCACAUACCGUUAGCAGUGACACCCCUGUUACCAUUAAACCUCUCUCACCAUCACCUUCAACAGACUUUGAGCCUAUUCUGGGAGGUGAAAACUUUGAUUUUGACUCCACUUAUUAUAGUCCUUAUCGCAUUCCGAGUGAAGAUAAUGAUGAUGAUGCUCCGGUGACAAAGCUACAUUUAAAAGAUAUUCAUGAUAAGCUUGAUAAGUUGCUUGGUUCCUUAGCAACUUAUUCUGAUGUUGUUUUAAAUGCUUUUCUUGACACUACUCUUCAGCAAUAUACAGCCUCAAUCGACAACUCUACAAAGGUUGUGGAUGCCUCCACAUCUACCUGCAAGAAAGCAGCAACCAAAGUAACAUAUCUAGUUUAA